AGUAUACUAGUGUACGUGCGCGAGUCACCGCCGGCUAACUCAGCGCGCCCACCUCUCUCUAUCUCGCUCUCCCACGAUCGCGCAAUCCUCGUUUCGCCAAGGCUGACAGUGCCUCGAGGCUAUUAUAUGCGCGAUCCGCGCGAUUUUUUGCUCUCUUGCCACAAGACUCAUACAGCUAAUAGCGAUUUUAAUCAUUUCCUAUACUCUUGGUUUUGAGGCUAUAGCCAUUGCUGCGGAACUGUAGCACACACACACACACAUCGCGUCGAGCGCCCCUCUGCCGGUGAUGCUCCGAUAAUAAGAGCUGCAGUUCUCGUCGCGAGGAGAGUAUAGUACGGCGAAUUCAAGCGACGGUAACGGAUUAAAUCAGCAGCAUGCGCUCGAUUUUGAUAACAGGAUGCAAUCGCGGACUGGGCCUGGGUCUGGUGAAAAACCUGGCCAAGUCGAGCAACCCGCCGGAGGUGAUCUUCGCCACGUGCCGAGACGCGAAGAAGGCCGCGGAACUUACUGAUCUUGCCAAUGAAACCAAAAAUAUUCAUAUUAUUGAAGAAGAUUUAAAUAAUACGAGCCAGUACCCAAGUAUAGUUAAGCAAGUUCAAGAUAAAGUAGGAGAUUCUGGGCUGACAGUUUUAUUUAACAAUGCUGGAACAUCUACUAAAUUUGCCAGGCUUCCUCUGGUCAAAGAAAAGCAACUUAUUGAAUCAUUUAGAAUUAAUACAAUUGUUCCUAUUCUCUUAGCAAAAGCAUUCCUACCUUUACUGAAAAAAGCUUCAAUUGCCAAUUCAAACAAUGAGGGUAUGAGUAUUUUCAGAGCAGCAAUUAUAAAUAUGUCUUCAAUUCUUGGAAGCAUAGAAGACAAUGAUACUGGUGGAUUUUAUCCUUAUCGGUGUAGCAAAGCUGCUGUGAAUGCUGCAACAAAGUCAAUGAGUCUUGACUUAAAGAAAGAUAACAUCUUGGUUGUAUCUUUACAUCCUGGAUGGGUCAAAACAGCAAUGGGUGGACCUAAUGCUCCAACCGAUGUAGAUACGUGUAUAAAAAACAUUCUCACAACUUUAAAAUCUCUUUCAGAAAAGCAUACAGGUGCAUUUCUUCAAUACGAUGGUAAAACAAUACCAUGGUAGACCACUAUUAUGCUUUAAGUUUAUACGAUACAGUUGUACAAAAAUGAAUAAACAGUAAAAAAAAAUA